AUGUUGCUGCCAUCAACCACCGAUGACAGCCUUUUCGACGGGCUUUCUCCAGGAGACCUGUACAGAUACGGUAGAACUUGUAAAAGGGCUCACGACGCAGUAAAUUCCUUCAUAAGGCGUAAAUUCCAUUUGCAUGGUUUACUUGAGCGGUAUUUCCAACCCAACGAUGUAUUCGAUUUCCGGCGUCUACAAGCCAAGACAGGGAUGUUUAUCUCUGGAUCAACCGCCCUGCAAUUCCUGGACCGCGUCGUAUAUCCAGAGUCUGACUUAGACCUAUAUCUUGAACAUCGCUAUCGCCAUGUAGUCGCACUAUGGCUGACACAAGCCGGUUAUCGUUACACGCCUCCGGUGACCUAUCCGGACGAAACGCUUGAUGAAGCGUUGGAACUGGUAUCCGAUCUUCCACGUUUGGAUGGGAUGUUCUACACAAUUACUCCGAAAGGAUAUUUUGGUGCAGCUAUUGUGCUCAACUUCGAAAAGCAAAACCCUUGUCGUAAAAUCCAAUUGAUCACUUCUCACCAUUCACCAUUGCAAUUGGUACUUAAUUAUCAUUCGACGUGCGUUAUGAAUAUUAUCACCCAUGAAAAAGCAUAUUCUCUCUAUCCACGAGGAACAUUCGAUGAGCGACGAUCUUUACUCAACCUCCCACUCAAAUCGGAGCGCCUACAAGUAGCUACUACUAAAUACUCUGCGAGGGGGUGGAAGAUCGUUUCUAAGAUCUCCACAGAGGAAUUUGAGAAUCCCAGGUCUGCCUUCUCACACGGUUUGCGCUACAUUGGUGACGGAAAAUGCUGGACAUUAUCCAUUCUCCCCAAGCUUAACCUUCCUGAUAGCACCAUCGAAACAAACUCAUGGGUACACCUUUAUGAUUCUGACCUGGUCCCAACUAUGUCCGCUACUGUCUUUGUCUCGGGUAGGCUUCGCUAUGGAUACCUCAUCGGAGACGAACCACUGCGCAGAUAUGUAUCACACGUUUCGGACGCGUUUGAUGGAAAUUAUCGGUCCGGAGAACAGCAAUUGGAUUAUAUUUUUAGCAAAAUGAUUGAACAUUUCCGCCAGAGAAAGAAGGCUAACCGUGAUCCUGUCGAUAGCCUGGGAGAUGAGAAUGCGCCGCGGGAAACAAGGUCUGAUUUUGCUGAUACAAAUACAGAAUGA